AUGGCUACAUCUGAGCUAAUGGAAUCUGCUAAAUUAAAUGUUCAAGAAAUAGGUUUUGUUGACAAAUUACCAGAUGAACAAGCAUUGAAACGAUUUCUAUCCAACUAUUUACCAUUCUCUCUUAUGAACUUACCAAAUUCGAAUACACUACAUCAUCAUGGAAAUGAUUUGUCAACUGUUGCUUCUAUGAACACAAUGAUGACACCUGUACCAUCAAUAACAACAACAACAACAAAUAGUAUGACAGUAACAUCAUUGUCAAGUACGGAUAUGAAGUUGAAAAAUUCCAAUUUACUAUCAGAUCGUUCACUUGCAUUCAUGUCAAAUAGUUACAUUCGAGAAUUGAAUAAUGAUACAAAAGAUGAUGGUGAUGGACAUAAGCUGAAUGAUAAAAAUUCUCAAAUUAAUUUAUACAAUGAAGUCAGUAAUCAUCAUAACCACAAUAAACAAAAUAUAAACUUAUUGAACAUGAAUUCUUCUCCAGCCUAUGAUUGGAUGUUAAAUCCGCAAAAAUUAUUUUCCACAUUAAUGAUGGCCAAAGCUGAUCGUGUACAUAUGGGGUCAGAUUACGAUGAAUAUCGUAUGUUACCAAAACCUUCAAUAUUUGGUAUACCAGAAAAACUUCCAACUCCUAAUUUGUCAAAUCGUGAACAAAAUAAUAUCACUCAAAAGGAAAUUGAAUCACUUAUAUCAUCAACAAUCACACUUCCUGUAGUAUCAACUCUAUCAAGUACUGCUAGUAAUACAACAAGUAAUUCUAGAAUAACAUCACCUAUUAAAGUGAAUAGUUUAUCAAGUGAAAUACAUCAAUCAACUUAUGCAACCAGUACACCAAAUAAACCUUGUAAACAUGACAAACAAGAAACAGAUUUUAAACCUAACACUAAUGUUACAAAUGAAUCAUUUCAAACUAGUUCUUUACCAUUUUCAUCGCAAGAAAUUAUUAGAGUAUGCCAGACAUUUGAAGAAGCAGGUGAUAUUGAACACCUUAGCCGAUUUUUAUGGUCACUUCCAUUAAAUCCUAAUUUAUGGGAAGUAUUGAAUAAAAGUGAAGUAAUUUUAAGAGCUAGAGCACUUGCAGCAUUUCAUACAAGAAAUUUUCGUGAACUGUAUGCAAUUUUAGAAAGACAUACAUUUUCUAAAUCAUCCCAUGUUAAACUUCAAGCUUUAUGGCUUGAAGCGCAUUAUCAAGAAGCAGAGAAUCUUCGUGGUCGUCCACUUGGUCCAGUUGAUAAAUACCGUGUACGAAAGAAAUUUCCUAUGCCUAGAACAAUUUGGGACGGUGAACAAAAAACACAUUGUUUUAAAGAGCGUACCAGAGGUUUAUUACGUGAAUGGUAUCUUCAAGAUCCUUAUCCAAGUCCAGCGAAAAAGCGUGAAUUAGCUAAUGCAACUGGUUUAACUCCAACACAAGUUGGUAACUGGUUCAAAAAUCGACGACAACGUGAUCGUGCAGCAGCAGCUAAAAAUCAACAACUGGAUAACUCUGAUAGUGAUGGAGAACCGGAUAAUGAAAUCAGUUCAGAUGAUACAGAUAGAAAAGAUAAUAAUGAUGAUGGAAGAGGAAGAAGGCAUACAUCGCAUUCGGAUUCAUCAAGAUUUCAAUCGGCUUUCAAUGUUAAUCGUUUCUGUAUACCAGUUACAGAAGAAAGAUUAACAAAAGAAAAAUUUGAAAAUUAUGAAAAAGAUGAAUAUGAUAGUGGUAUAAAAUGCAAUAAAGUUCAUCACAAUUCAUCACCACGUGAAGGUGAAAGUGAUAUCUGGUCACCAGGUUCAGAUAAUGAUAGUUUUUUGACUACAAAAAGAGAAAGAAAUUGUGAAGUAAAUCAUGAAUAUGAAAAUCCUAAAAAGCCAUGUUUAAAUCAUGAAUUAACGGAUUUAAAUGAAAAUGAAAUGAAUCAUCCAUCAGUUUUAGGGCAGAAAUCUUCCAAUAUUCAGCCUAGCAUUUUCUCUGAUAACAAGAUAAAUGAUUUUAAGUUCAACUUACAGUCAAGAAAUCUGUUUAAUUUACCUCUUGACGUUUUUGGUGUAGAAGGAAGUAAACGCGCUGAAUUUUCCAAUCUUACAUCACAACGUCCUGAUUUUCCAUAUAACAAUACAGUUCAUGAUUUAAAACCGUCUGAAUCAAUGAAUUAUCUACCAAAGUUAUCAGUAUCACAACCAAUGAAUCUAAACCUCUUUAAUCUCUUUGAACAUUCAUCAGCUACUAAUCAUGAUAAGUUCAAUUUUAAUGAUGCUUUGAAAUAUGCCAAUCUAAAUUUCUUUAACCUUAGUCCAUCAAAAAUAAAUUCGAAUUCACAAAUUCCUUGUAAUUUAACAAAACAGUCAAAUUUAAUAAAAAAUCCAAAUGAAAUACUUCAGAAAAUGCAUAAUAAUACUGAACAUUUAUUUCCUCCAAUAUUCUCACCAUUCCCUUCAUUAUUAACUAAUCCUAUAAAACCUUCUGAAAUGUCCCAAAUAUUAAAAACUGGCCCAAUUAUAAAUUCAUCUUUAUUUGAUACAUCAUCAUUGACACAUUCAAUAAUAUCACCAAAUAAAUUGUUGAAUUAUAGACUGCAUCAACAUCAUAGUGAUGCACGAAAUACUAAUUACUUUAACAGAAGGAUUAUUGAAGAUAAUUUACUUCCUGAGAAUUUAUCUUUAUCUCAAUCAACAAAUCAACAGUGUACCAGUACUAUCAAUAAUAAUUCUCCUAUUAUUAACGAUGCACUUUCAACGAAUCCAUCCUUUCCAGUAUCUUCGUCAUCACCAUCAACAACAUUAAUAUGGCAAAAAAUGUUUGAAUGGUAUUCAAAUCAAAUACAACAACAACAACAACAACAACAACAUCAACAACAGCAAACAAAUCUACAGACAGAUUUAUCGCAUUAUUCAACUCGAAUCAAUGAUGAAAGUGAUGACAGUGAAGUAAAAGGCAAAUUUUAUUCUGGAAACAGUCACAAUGAGAAAAUACCAAGUGAAUCCAACAAUCAUAUUAAUACUGUUCUCAGCCAACAUAAAGAAAACUCUGUCAAUUUAAAUAAGCUUAAUGAUAAUGAAGGUGAUGCGAAAUCAGUUUCAUUGAGCACUGAUAAAACAUUAUCUUCAGCAUAUGAACAGAUGUUAAAUCAUCCAAGUGCUCGUUCAACAUCUUUACAACAUAAAAAGAAAUUUACAGUAAACAGGAAAAGAUCUGUACAUAAUUUGGAAGUUAGCCAAGAAAAAAUGGAUGAAAACGAAGAAGACACAGAAAACCCCUGUAAUAAUUCCCCACCUAACCAAUUGGAUAUUUCAUCAGACCAGAUUCAAGUAUCAUGUGAUAGUUCCGAGGAAUCAUCUUUAGAAGUGUAA